GUAGGGAUCGUAACGGAAGCUGCACGGCGUCGCACACAGCCUGGCUGUCUGACCGACACUGAAUGAAAGCGCACUGAUUUCGACUUCAAGAUGAUGAAAUUUCUACCCAAACUGCUGCUGCUAGCGCUGUUAGCCUUCCCGGCGACUAUCCUCAUCAAAGGGCCGGUGGUGAGCGCCCAGGAUCUGACGGAGGAUGAGGAGGCCGAGGCCGUGGAUGAAGACGUUGUGGAUGAUGUGACAGCUGAGGAUGAAGACGACGAGGCGGAAGUGGAAGAUGACGAGAAUGCGGAAUUGACGGAGGAAAAAGAAGAUGAAGAGGAAGAAGCGCUGGUUGGAGAGGUGAAGGCUUCCCCCAACGCUGACACCACCAUCCUGUUCGUCAAAGGAGACGACUUCCCAGCCAACAACAUCGUCAAGUUCCUGCUCGGCUUCACCAACAAAGGACCAGAGAACUUCAUGGUGGAGUCUCUGGACGCUUCUUUCCGUUACCCACAGGAUUACCAGUUCUACAUCCAGAACUUCACCGCUCUGCAGCUGGGCAUCGUGGUUCCUCCCAGCAGACAGGCCACCUUCGAGUACUCCUUCAUCCCCGCUGAGCCGAUGGGAGGGCGGCCAUUCGGCCUCGUCAUCAACCUCAACUACAAGGACAGCAGUGGAAACAUUUUCCAGGACGCCGUGUUCAACCAGACGGUCACCAUCACUGAGAAAGAGGACGGCUUAGACGGAGAGACCAUCUUCAUGUACGUCUUCCUGUCCGGCCUCGGGCUGCUCGUCGUCGUCGGCCUUCACCAGCUGCUGGAGUCCAGGAAGAGGAGGCGUCCAGCUCCAAAGGUUGAGAUGGGAACUUCGAGCCACAACGACGUGGACCUGAGCUGGAUCCCUCAGGAAACCCUGAACCAGAUCAACAAAGCGUCUCCAAGAAGAUCUCCUCGCAAGAGGAGCCAGAAACGCUCGGCCGGCUCCGACGAGUGACGGGCGCCUGACACCACGGCAACAAAACUCCACCCACCUGUCUAUGUAAGAGGAGGAGGGGGAGGGGGAGGAGGAGGGGGAGGAAGGCUGCGAGCGCCACGUCAAGCGCACACUCUCCUCUCCACUGAGAAACUUUGACCAGUGCCAAGCACAGCAACGGCUGGCUCUACUUUCAGCUUAAAAACUGUUCCCCACACACACACACACACACACACACACACACACACACACACACACACACACACACACACACACACACACACACACACACCACAGCCCUUUUUGUGUAACGAUUUGUUUUGUGUGGCGGGAGGGAGAGAAUCAUCCGUGAACAGGUGUGUUGGUUUCUGAGGCACGAGGACGUCUGUUAAAACCUCGGUGAGAGAACUGCUGAUAUUUUCAUUGUGAGACAGUUUGAUUGUUGUUUUUUGUGUGUUUGUUUUUUAUUACCUCUCACUGUGGUGUAGGGCUGAAACCAUUAGUGGAUUAUUGAUCUACAGAAAAUGAAUCGGCAACAAUCUUUGUAAUUUUUCAAGAAGAAACUGCCAAUCAUGACUCACCUCGGCUCUUUUCAUUCUUCUUCAUGUUGUUGACCGUAGCUGAUGAAUUGACUGUGUCUUUCAGAUUAAUUGAUAAUGAGAGAACUGGUUAGUUGCGGCCCUAUGGUAGCCAUGGUAACGGUAACAGAUGCAGUUGGUUUUUGUUUUGCAGGUUUUUUUUCAGUGUAGUUUUGCGUUCGUGGAUUCUGUCGGCACAAGUUGGAUUUUUGUGGAGAGCGUCCGUUCUCGUCCGGCUGCUCCAUCCUCCUCCUCCUCCUCCUUCUUCUUCUUCUUCUUCUUCUGUCCUUUCUUUGCUCGUUCAUGGCACAGAUCCUGAGUGUGUCCGCGGUCUCAGAUUCACACACUACUGACGCUCGGUGCCGUCCGUCUGUUAAACUGCAGCAGAUCUCCUGCCGACCGCUGGACGAACAACAGUGUUUAUUUUUGAUUCGUGGAGGAAGUCGGCGACGGUAACGUAGUUUUCAAACCAAGAAAAUGUGAAUUAAACGCAGAAGGAGAUUACAGGAACUUAAACACUCAGUAGUAAUCAUUGUGUGUAGUGACGGCACGAUCAGUGUGUGGAGCUGCACGACCUCCUUAACAUCCAGGUCUUAAACACACAAGUGUGAAAUCUGAUGCUGAGCCGCUAAAAAUGGACACGAUCUUUAUUUAUCUGUUAUUCAGAUUUACUGAUUUCCUCUUGUACAUUUGAAUUUGUCAUAUUUAGGAAGGAAAAAGGAUUGUUGAACCCAGUGAACAUCAGUCCUCUGUGAUACCGGUUUGAACAUCCUUCAGGUUUUACUCGGACUUUGGGAAACUAGUGGAAGUUUUUCACUAAACGAAUCAAAGUGUGGCAUCGUAACAUUUGUGAUGCGGCCGUGAACGUUUCAGAUCUGUGGAUGUGGAAUAAGUGAAGGGCGGGAGCGUAGCAGCAGAGUGGAGGAGCGAGGGGUCGGAUGUAAACCUGCAGCAGAAAACCCUGAACCCUCGACGGUGCCUGUUUUCUACUUCUCUGUUUUGUAAAUUCGUUUACGUCUUCUCUCCUCAAGCAGCUUGUUUCAAAAUUAGAAAAAUAAUUUACCGAAUGAAUAAUUUGAGUUUUGUUUUUUUGUUUUUUCCGUUGGAUUGUAAAAAUGUUGAACUGGCUGAAGCACUGGUGUAAAUACUGGCUGAUGGAUGCUGAGCCGAGGGCAGAAUCACCGAGCUAAUUUAUUUGAGUGACAGACUGGGCUUAAUGGGGGGGGGGGUUUGUAUACUGUAUUUCUUUGUUUCACCACUAGGGGGCAGCACUGACUGACUGCAGGCUCCUGUGCUGCGGGCGAGUUAUUUACAUUGAGGCUUCGUGGUUCUGUGAGUAACUGCCCUCAGAGUUUGGACCUGAAAUUCUUACACGUCCUUUAAUUUUCUGCAGAAAUAACAAAAAUAAAAAAACCAGCAGGAACAAGAAACACGGUCUGAACUUUAAUAACCUGCUGAGGCUCGUUGAUACAACUCGUUUACCACAGAGAACUGAGCUGAUGAGUUGUUUUUCUAAAAUGAUGGGGCUGACAUUCAUAAAUACAAGCUUAUACUUUUAUUUGCUUUUAAAUGUGCAGGAAAAUAAACUGAUGAUUUGCUGUA